AUGGCGCUAACUUGGAACAUUGCAAAAGUGUCUCAACCUCGCCCAGUACAGUCAAUGAGUGCUGGCCACCUUGAGAUUCUCUCACAACUACGAGGUCGGGCAUCAAAUCGAGCUGAUGGCCAGGCAGCAAUGAUGCAGGAGGCAACUCUAGUGAUGGGAGUUAGUGCUCACUUAAUUGUUCUAUAUGCCGAGGAGUGCCCUCAGUGGUCAUCGGCAGUUUUGAGGCUGCUGGUGAAAUUCGAGCGGCGUAUGAGUAUACUUGCUCACAAUAUGUAUACUCUACGUGAGCAGGAACGGUCCGAUCUCUGGGUAGAGCAGUGGGUGUUCGAUCACAUGGGUCGGUAG